AUGGCCGCUGAAAACACUGAAUGUCCCUGCAGCUCAGGAGCCACAAUACCAGCCGAUGAGCAAUGCUCUGUAACUUCCGGCUCAUUAGUAGCAGCGAAUACGAAACAGCGUAAGCGUGUAGUCAGAAAAGCUGCCGGUCAAGUGCCGUCUGAUAUUGUCAAUAACGUAGAGCUACAAACUGCCAUAAAAGCGUUGCCUAGCAACUACAAUUUCGAGAUUUACAAGACUGUGUGGAAAGUGCGACAGGCCACAGCAACACGAGUUGCAUUGCAGUUUCCAGAAGGUUUGCUAAUGUUUGCCACAACAAUAGCUGACAUAAUAGAAAGGUUUACCUCUGCUGACACCCUGAUAAUGGGAGAUGUAACAUAUGGUGCAUGUUGCAUUGACGAUUUUACGGCUAAGGCUCUAGGCGCAGACUUCCUUGUUCACUAUGGUCACAGUUGUCUUGUUCCCAUUGAUACAACCGAGAUUACUACACUCUAUGUAUUUGUUGAUAUCAAAUUGGAUGCCCAGCAUUUUGUCGACACGAUCAGACAUAACUUUCGGCGUGAAGAGAGGUUGGCUCUAGUUGGCACUAUUCAGUUCGUAUCAACUUUGCAGGCAGUCUACGAAAUGCUUUCCAAAGAAUAUGACUUGGUUUUGCCACAAGUGAAACCUCUCUCGCCAGGAGAACUGCUUGGCUGCACUUCACCCAGACUUCCUAAAGAUAUAGAUGCUUUGGUUUAUCUAGCUGAUGGGCGCUUUCACUUGGAAUCUAUCAUGAUCUCUAACCCAUCAGUUCCUGCUUUUAAGUACGACCCAUACAGCAAAAUAUUUAGCCGGGAGUAUUACGAUCAUGAAACAAUGAUUGGAGUGAGACAAGCAAUGAUUGAAAGAGCAUCUAAAGCCAAGAGAUUUGGCUUGAUUUUAGGGACUUUAGGUCGACAGGGUAAUCCCAAAGUAUUGCAGGAUUUGGAGGAAAAGAUAAAGCUUGCUGGAUUAGAGUGCAUCACUGUCUUGAUGUCAGAAAUAUUUCCUGAAAAGCUGAAGCUUUUUCCGGAUAUUGAUGCGUGGGUCCAGAUUGCGUGUCCUAGGCUCUCAAUUGACUGGGGCCAAGAAUUUGAUAAACCACUUUUGACACCAUACGAGGCUAUGGUUGCAAUUGGGCAUGUGCAAUGGCAAGAUAUCUAUCCUAUGGAUUUCUAUUCCAGUUCAAGUCUUGGCCCUUGGACUCCUAACCAUCCAACUCAUAAGCCUCCUCGGAAAUCUAAAAGGACUGAAAAGCCCAACAAUUGAUCUAGUGUGAGUACGGUAUUCAAGAUUCACGUCAAUUCUAAUUGACUGAAUUAUUUCUAUUUAUUUAUUGUAACUAGACUGACAAUACUUUUAGAUAUUUGUUGUAAGUAUAGUACUUGUAGAUCCCAGUGAAAACGUAGGUAUGCCAUACUUUCCCAGCAAUAGUACAAACAUUCACCAAUGAAGAUCUGUUACAGAUUAUGUUUAUAUUUGCUGUUACUAACACCGCCUCUGAUCAUGUUAUGUUUUAAUACAGACGUAUA